UUGUUCGCAUCAUCACCGUGGCUGGAUUGCUUUCAGUUUACCAUUUAUGAACAGGCAAUUUACGAUGAGUGGAAAAAACUUUGUGUAAGGUCAUCGAUAUUCAUAGGCAUUGGCAUUCAACGAGAGGAUACGAUAGCCCCAAGCCACAAAACAUCUAGACCAUUACGUGUAGCUUCAACGUUAUCGAAAAAAUAUUUCUCUUGUUCAUCCAUGGGAGUGCGCCAGAAUCCUUGGAUUCCAACUAAGCGACGGGGACCUAUAGCUGCAGAAGCCGCUAGCCCAGGACCAGCUGUGGUUUCUUUGCCGUCACUUAUAGGUAAACCAUCACCAGAGUCCCGUAAGCCAAGAGCUCCCGCUUUUACUUUCGGUCAAAAGUUAGAACCUAGCGGUAAAGCCAACGCUGGUCCCGGGCCCGCUUCAUACAAUACAGAAGGAAUGACUUCAAAAGGACGAGCGGCGGGUCCAGCUGCGUCUUUGCACGGACGCUGGCCGCCGCCACGCGUCGCUCACACCCCGGCGCCCUGCGAUUAUGAGCCGAGCAAGUCUGCCCGAGCAGUGUUAGAUCACGCACCAGCGUUUUCUAUCGGUCUGCGUGUCAGCCUCCCGCAGCCCGGCAGCCAGUCGCCAGCGCCAAAUAUAUAUUCUAUGCCGCCUGUCCUCGGAGAAGCAAAAGAGGGUAAUAAAAGAGCUGCACCAGCUUUUAGCAUCACAGGUCGCGGUAAAACUAUUGAGUGCAAAACUCCAAUGCCCGGUCCGGGGACUUAUACUACGGACAAGGCCACAUCAGCACUCAAUAGAAGACCCCCUUCGUAUACUAUGGCGCCGAGGAGAGAAGUGAAAUCAUCGUCUGCUUCUGUACCCGGCCCUGGUGUUUAUUGUCCAGAAAAGGCUGACGCAGUUCUACACGAAAAAUCUCCAAAGUAUAGUCUCUCUGGUAAAGGGAAAAUUGAGAAAAUUGAACACGUACCAGCUCCUAAUGCAUAUAAUCCUGAAAAAGCAGACAGAAUAUUAAGAGAAAAAUCGCCAGCUUAUACAUUUAGAACAAAAACUGAAGUUAUAAAAGUGCACGACGCUCCAGCGCCAAAUGUGUAUUCUCCAGAAAAAUCUCUUCACGUUCUCAAAAGUGGGCCAAAAUAUACAUUAGCGGGCAAAGGAGCAGCUGAAAAACACGAAUUAACACCGGCACCCAAUUCAUAUAAUCCGCAAAAAGCUGACAAAAUAUUACACGAAAGUUCACCAGCGUAUACCAUACGCUCAAAAGAAGUUGUGGAAAAGAUCGAACAAACUCCCGCACCUAAUGUAUACGCUCCCGAAAAAUCGAUAGAUAUGCUUAAUGGUGGGCCAAAGUUUAGUAUGUCUGGCAAAAACGAGAUUACCAAAAUCAACGAAACACCGGCACCAAACUGUUAUAAUCCAGAUAAAGCUGACAAACUUCUACAUGAAUCAUCACCGUCAUAUUCAUUUAGAAAAAAGGAUCAAAUAAAGAAAGUAGAUAAUACUCCUGCCCCUAAUGCGUAUGCACCAGAAAAUUUUUUAAGCACGCAUGAAAGUUCACCAAAAUUUACUAUGGGCGGAAAGGGUCACUCACCAAAAGUUGAUUAUGUACCUGCUCCAAACUCCUAUAGUUUAGAUAAGGUUGAUAAACUUCUUUAUGAUUCCACACCAGCUUACACGUUUAGGUCGAAACCAUCUGCUGAUAAACCUAACGAUACGCCGGGUCCAAAUGUUUAUGAUCCGCAUCUAUUAGAUGGAACACCAAAGUUUAGUCUUUACGGUAAAGGAUCUGAAGUUAAACCCGUUGAUACCCCUGGACCAAAUGCUUAUGACCCUCAUUUAUUGGAUGGAUCUCCAAAAUAUACUAUGGCAGGAAGAAGUCCAUUAAAAAAACCAUCUGAUGUACCAGCGCCUAAUGCUUACAAUCCGCAUCUACCUGAAGAUUCUCCUAAGUUUUCAUUUACUGGUCGCACUCCCGACGGAAAACUAUUAGAAACGCCAGGUCCAAACACAUAUGAUCCACAUAUGCCUAAUGAUUCUCCAAAAUUCACUAUAUCUGGUAAAGGGGUGGAUGUUAAACUAUCCGAUACUCCCGGACCUAAUACAUAUGAUCCUCAUUUAUCAUCAAGCGGUCCCAAAUUCACAAUGUGCGGUAAAGGGCAUCCUGAUAAAAUCUAUAAUUCACCUGCGCCAAAUGCGUAUUCACCUGAGAAAGCUAAUAACAUGAUAUUUGAACAUUCUCCAUCAUAUACCUUUAGUAGUAAACACCCACUUACUAGGUUUUUGAAUACUCCUGCACCUAAUACUUAUGACCCAAGCAAAUAUAUUCACAUGUUGGAUGGUGUGCCUAAAUAUUCCUUUGGGUUAAAAGGGCCAGCAGAAAAACCUUCUACAAAUCCUGCUCCAAAUGCUUACUGUCCAGAAAAAGCAGAUAGAGUCCUCCACGAGAAUUCUCCAUCAUAUUCAUUCCGUCCAAAAAUUGAAAACAACAAGAUCAACAACACUCCGGCACCUAAUUUUUACAAUCCUGAAAAAGCAGACAAAAUUCUUUUGGAUAACGCACCACGUUAUUCAUUUAGAAUUAAAACAAACCCACAUAAAGCAGAUAAUAUUCCUGCUCCAAACGCAUAUAAUCCCGACAAAGCCGAUAAAGUUAUGAUGCAAAGUGCUCCACAGUACACUUUUAGGAUUAAAUCAGAUACGUUAAAGGCUAUCGAUACACCUGCACCGAAUUCGUAUAAUAUCCCUUCGCCAGUUAAAACUCCAUUGUACACGAUUUCUGGCAGACACAAGGAACCAAUAAAUGAACGUUUGAAGGUCCCGUCACCUGGCACAUAUAAUCCAGAAAAGGGAUACAAAUUUGUCUUAACCUACUCUCCGCAAUACACUUUUGGAAUAAAAAUUCACACGGAUAAAUAUACCAAAUCACCUGCUCCCAAUGCUUACCGUAUCCCAUCUGUUCUGGAUACUCCGGUAUAUACGUUUUCAGGGCGGCAUAAAGUUCCUGUUGAUGAUAGAUCUCAAGUACCUGCGCCUGGCACCUACUCCCCCGAAAAGGUGCAGUUGAAUAAAACGCCACAGAUUACUUUUGGAAUUAAACAUUCUCCAUUAUUAGGUCAACUCAAACCUAUUAAACCAAUACAAUCAAUCGAAAAUGAAACAAUAAAAAAAACAGCUAUUAGAGAUGGACCUCCGAAGCAAAGGAAUGUAAGUUCAACGAGUAGACAAGACAAUGAGGUUAUUGUGCAAACUAAUAAUUUAAACGACAAUUUAACUAAACAAGAUACGACGCAAAUCUGUAACGAUGACUUAAAUCAAUCAAGUAUUGAUGUUCAUAAUAAACGUACGCAUGCAACUCAUUUAAGAUCUUCGAGCGAUGUUAGAAGUACCACUGCAACUCCUGAACUUGUACAAGAAACUCUUACUCAAGAAAUAGUUUGGAUACCAGAAAAACCUAUUCGGCGCGGUUCCUACACCAUAGAUACAUCUGACGGAACUGGAUUUAAAGAAAGGUAUGAAAUAAAUGAAACUGUCCCAGUAAGAGAUGGGAUUAUGUAUUUACGUGAAAGUGGAGAAAGAGGAGGUUCAAAUGAAAGUGAUCAUAGUCGGGAAAUACUUGAAAGCGAUGAGUAUAAACAAGUAACCGAUAGGAAUGUUACUAACGCAAGUGCGUUUGAAAAAAAGCAAGAAAAUACUAAGGAAGUGUACACAGAUACAAAUAUUAAGGAAUUGCCAAAUGGGGGAAUAUCAACGACCACAACUACAAAAACUGUAAGAAAGGUUGGCACAAAUGCUAAAACCGCUAAUGCCACAACUAAUCUUACUCGUACUAACGUUACUGUGACGUCUCGGGAUGUUGGGACUAAAUGA